AUGGCAAGCGCGCCCGCCCCGGAACAGCCGAGGCCCAAGCGCCAGGGUCGCGCGACAACGAAUGCCAUCUCCACACGGCUCCGCAUUGUCAUCGCAUCAUGCACGCCGUCCGCCAUCCAUUGCCUCGUUCUAUACUACUUCUGCUUCUACUUCUGCCUGGCUGACUAUCUUGUGCCUGUUAUUGAGACAUUCUCACGCGCUACAUCAAUCAAUGCGCCGCUCCCCUCCUAUGGGGGCGCGACAUCCACGCUCAUAAUGUCAGACUCGGUUGAUCGAGUCUUUAGCCAUGCGCUCAACACCGUUAAUAAGAUACGGACGGGGUCGCAGAAACCGCCGUCUGCGACCAGGUUACGCUUGUAUGGAUUGUACAAGCAAGCCAUGGAGGGUGAUGUCGACGGCAUCAUGGAGUGUCCGAGAGGGAGUGAUGAUCAGUCGCAACGAGCGCGGGAGAAGUGGGACGCUUGGAAACAGCAGAACGGCCUCUCCCGCACCGAAGCCAAACGCCGCUACAUCACCACCCUAAUCGACACCAUGCACAAAUACGCCUCACCUUCGCCCGACUCCCGGGAACUAGUCGCCGAGCUCGAAUUUGUCUGGGACCAAGUCAAAUCCAAUGUACCAUCAUCCUCUUCAUCCUCGCCGCUACGAACCGCCGACCACAUAACCCCCGGAUACUCACAACACGACCUAGGGCAGAGUACACGAGCAGCCAUGAACACAAGCGGCGAUAUGGAACAAGAUACGCCCGGCCAAAUGCGAGAAGAACAACGUGACGUACCCCUCCGCGUCAAAUCACCAAUGUCACAAUCCGAAGAAGAGCUCGAAGAGGAAGAAGCAGACAUCGACCGCGGCGAAGUCUUCGUCGACGCCCCGGAUUCACAAUACAACCCUACAUCCUACCCAGACGAUAGCCCCGAACUAGAAGACGCCGGUGUACAGACCGAUCUCCAGCAGCUGAUACGAGCGGAACCUAUACCCAUACAAACGCCCACGCCCGCGCCGAGGAAUAGAGGCAUAGGCGUAUUAGGCAAACCGAUACAGAUGAACAUACCAGGCUUGGGCGGAACACCAGCCGCCGGGAACGCCGCCGCAGCAGCAGCAGAAAAAGAAUCCCCCAAAGAAUCAGCCGCAGACCAGAAGUGGAGAAAGCGUGUCGAGCAAUCGCUAAUGAAGAUGACGGCUGAAGUCGCAGCGCUGAGAGAACAGCUAGAAGCUAGGAGGUUAUUCGCACAUUCAGCGCAUUAUCGGUUGUUCAGGGGGAUAUGGAGAUGGGUGUGGGCGUGCUUCAAGCAUGUUGCUGUUGAUGUGUUUAUAUUGGGUAUUGUGCUGCUUUGGAUGAGGAGGAAGAAGGAUAGGAGGUUGGAAGGGGCUAUAAGAGUUUUGCUGGGCGAUGCGGUUGCGCAGAUGCAGAGGGGUGGUGGCGCAGUGUUCGGGAAGGUUAGGUUACCGCUUUUGGGAGGAGGUGAGAAGAAAGCUGCAUCUUGA